GAGCAAGAUAUUUUGAUCAUUUACUAAGAGACAAACCAGCUGUUCAUCAGAUCACAGUGGGGGUUUCAGUGGUGUGUAGCAGUGUCUCACGUCAUUCGUGAGUAAAAGCUCCACCUUUGGGAUAAACCAGAGGCGGCAUCUGUGCGCCGCUGCCUGCCGGCACAGUCAGGACGGGACGCAGGAGCGGGCAGAGCCGCUGAAGGCUUUAACAUUUCCUCUGGUCUUUUUCGACGAUGAGUUUUUGUUUCCAGCACUUCAAUCUUGACGAAGGGCUUCGUCCGGAAAGAAACGCGAACAACCAGGUACUAGUUGCACGGUGGUGCGUUUACGGUCGCUUCCGUUAGUAGGAUGAGACUCUGAUGUGUGCGCAGAGGACAGGAUGCCCGCCAGCGGCACCGACUCGCUGAAACCCAGCGCCUUCAUCCCGGUGUGCACGGCCGCCUGCCUCCUGGUCGGCUCAACCUCCCUCUUCUUCGUCUUUACAUGUCCCUGGCUGGCUGUGACCAUCUGCCCAGCUGUACCACCAUGUUGUGCCAUCCUCUUCCUUUUUGUGCUGGCCAACUUCACCAUGGCAACCUUUAUGGAUGCUGGUGUGCUCCCAAUGGCAAACGAGGACGAGGAUAAAGAUGAUGAGUUCCGUGCUCCACUGUACAAGAACGUAGAUGUGAAGGGCGUCCAAGUGCGGAUGAAGUGGUGUGCAUCGUGUCAUUUCUACAGACCCCCACGCUGCUCCCACUGCAGCGUCUGUGAUCACUGUGUGGAGGACUUUGACCACCACUGUCCCUGGGUCAACAACUGCAUCGGGAGGCGAAACUACCGUUACUUCUUCCUGUUUCUGUUGUCUCUGACAGUCCAUAUGAUCUGUGUUUUCACCUUUGGCCUCCUGUAUGUCCUAAACCACAAGGAUGACCUGUGGAAGCUGCACUGCACUGUCACUUUGGUUGUGAUUAGUAUAUCAGGGCUGUUUCUGAUCCCGGUCCUGGGUCUGGCUGGAUUCCAUCUGUACCUGGUCUCCAGAGGACGCACCACCAAUGAGCAGGUAACAGGGAAGUUUCAAGGAGGAGUAAAUCCUUUCACACGAGGUUGCUGCAACAAUCUGGAGUAUCUCGUCUGCAGUCCCAUCUCCCCAAAGUACACAGCCAGGCCCAACAAGAAAACAGUGAUUCAUAUUCAGCCUCCGUUCCUGAGACCAGAGAUUGACAGACAGAUGUCAGUAAAAGUCCGCGACAAUGGCGUACAGAGUCAGGAUCAUCAAGCUAAACAAACGUCAGCAGGAGCUGUCGAGCUGUCAGACAUCAAACAGAUGAAAACUCCACCACCACUGCCACCGAAACCAGAGCACGGCCUGCUGAAGAGCCACUCCACUGCCACAGAUGAAGUGGGACACCACACAAAAUCCAUCGUCCCUGCAUCCAUUCCCACUGUGCCACAGUUACGUCCCGUCCUGGAGGCUAUAUCCAGAGGAUCAUCACCUAUCCCUCCAGAGCAGCUGCUGAGGACAUCUGAGCAUCAGGGGAACAACAGGAGUCCUGACCUCCGCUCUGAGUCUAAAGACAGCCCUCUGAGAGGCAGCCAGAAGGCCGGCUCGCACAUCCAGACCAACAGCAUCUCCGGUUCGCUGCAGCUCAACUCUCUGACCCUCAACUCCCGCUCUCUCACCCUCAAACACAGCAAUCGCCAUGGCAACAAACCCCAGAUUCACGGCAUCCACAGUGACAGUCUGGGUUCCAACGCUGCGCCGGGUAUCAUCACUCCAUCCAGCCUGCUGGCCAAUCACAGCAGCAGCAGCUUGUCCUACGACAACCUCAUGAACCCUGCGGACUCUCAGUUCCUGCCUCAAAGAGGGGCUCCUCCAGUUGGCUACCAUCCCCACUAUAUGUCUGUGGGUGCAGAUGGUACUGUGGUGCAGAGGGCCCCUCCUCACGCCUACAGCCCUGUGUUUAUGGGCGUCACCAGACAGUCUCCUCAGCCUCGAGACACCUCACCCUCCCUGCAGGGCCUCACCUCUAGAGAUCCCUCCCCUUCGCUCCAAGGAUUCAUCCAAAGAGACCCUUCCCCAUCUUUCCAAGGCCUGAUGCAAAGAGACCUUGCCACCCAAAGUGUUACAACACGAGAUAUCCCCCCUCCAAGUUUGGCAUCUCAAAGCCUUCGAGACAGCCUCAGGGAUCUGCAGAGUUUGACGCCUCCAAAGUCUGCCGCUGCUCGCUAUGACAACUUCUCAAAGAGUAUCAUGGCAUCCCUUCACGAGAGACGGGAAAUGGAGGAGAGGGACAGGAUGCUUCGUCUCCAUGCCAGAUCACAGGCUCUGUAUGGCCCAGAUGUUGGAAUCUACGACAUCCCCAGCAGGAGGAGCUUACCACCUGACAACAUCCACCGGCCUGUGGGCUCCCGUGGACCAACUCCUCCUGCAUACGGCUCCAGGGAGUUCCUCAUGAGCACCGGCAUCCUUGGUUAUGGGAUGAGGACGUCGCCACUCUCCAGCUCGUCCACAUCGUCUCUGACUCGAGGGCCCAAAACGUCCAGCUCUCCUCUGCAGAGCAGCAGCAGCAGCAGCCUGCAGAGCAAAGGAAGGUCUUCCUCUCCUGCUUACUGCCCUGACAGACAGACUCAACCCCUCCCUUCCUCCACUUCCACACUGCCCCGUUUACCCUCCACCUCCGCUUCCUCUGCUCCCUCUUACGCCUCCUACGCCACAGCAAAGAGAUCCUCGCUUACGUACUCCUCUGAGGGGAAGGACUCGGUCACCCUGGGAGCCCUGAAAUAAAACGAAAAAAAAAGAAGGAAAAAAAUACUCCAUGUCUCUGGUGUGAAUGAAUCAUCUAUGCAGUGUUAGUCUCAGUCUUCACAGCUCUGAAAUACUUUGUAAAUAAGAGGCCAUUUGGGACUUUUCCUGUGUGGGAGGGUGUGUGAGAAACAAACACACAGUGAAGGAUAAACUUAGAAAAAUAUUCUCCCUAAAGUCUUGUCCAAACUUUAAAAACAAACUGUAAAUCUCAGGAUAGUUGUGCCUCCUCUUACAAACAGAGCGAGCUCUUUAAACUCAGUGGAAGCAGAAGGGCUAUGUGAGGAAUACAGAUGGACUUUCUAUCUGCUUUUAUGUGUUUUGAUAUUGCUUUUGUGAAACAAUGUAAUACCAUGCUAUCUAAAUUGUCUCCUGCUGCAAAUGACCCAGUUUAAUAAAAUUUUGUAGUUGUUUAUAUGAAUAAA